AUGGAGUUGGUGGACAGACAACUCCAACGAGCCGCCGGACCAUUGAAGGAAAACAUAGUAGCCGCCAUGAAAAUCCUCCAGACGAACCAUCGCCUGGCUAAGGAGAAGACACAACACGCUGAGCGUCAGAAAAGGCUCGCCGAGGAUGACUACAUGCUGGCUCAAAUCGAACUGGCUGACGCGGAGGAGUAUGCAGAGGCUACACUGCUGAAAUACGAGAGAAUGAUGAAUGAGGACGUAAUGAAAAAUAAUCAAGUCGAAGCUGAAGCAACGGUGGAGGAAAAAACGGAGGGGGAGGUGAAAGAAAACCCUACUAGCAUUGAAGAGUUGGAAGAGUUGAUGAAUGAACACCUCCACAUGAGCGAUGGAUUGACGAAGGAGAUUGCGAGAGCUGAGAUAGAAGCUCUCUCCUCGCAGCGUAAAUUGUUGAAGGAAAGAUGCAUUGAGGCCGAGGAAGAUAUGGAGAGAGCUGGCAGGCUUUUUGAAGAGGCGCUCCCGGUGAAGAUUGGGAAGCCUAUUGGAUGA